AUGUCCACACAGCCGCCGGCCAAACGCGCAAGAACAGAGGAUGUGCACCCUAUCAAUGGGAAGGACGACUUUGACGAGUUCGACGCACCGACAGAGGAUCUGCUGCUUGCCGUGCAAGAGGCAGAAUCGGAUCUCGGAUCGAGUCCCGCGAGCUCUCAGCGCGAGCGCAAGGUAGAGUCGCGCGUAGAAACAACCGAGGUCCCGGAAGUGUACACGCUACCGUAUGUGGGCACGCCAGAGGAUCCGCUAGCAUUGGAGCGCGCAACGAUGAACAAGGCUUGGUUCGACCGUCUCGAGCCCGCGAUGCGCGAGCCGACGUUUUUGAAACUAAAGCAGUUCCUCGAUGCGGAGAAGCGUGGGGGGAAGACGAUUUACCCACCGCCGCACUUGAUACAUAGCUGGUCACGCACCACGCCGCUGGAGGAGGUCAAAGUGGUGAUUGUGGGGCAGGAUCCAUACCACCAGCCUGGGCAGGCUUGUGGGCACUCGUUCUCUGUGCCAAAGGGCAAGGCCGUGCCUGCGAGUCUACAAAACAUUUACAAGGAACUGCGCGCCGAGUAUCCCGAGUUUGUGCCGCCAAAGCACGGGUGUCUCGAUGGCUGGGCAAAGCAGGGUGUAUUGCUUUUGAAUGCAUGCUUGACUGUGAAUGCGGGAAGUGCGGGCUCGCACCAUAAUCGCGGCUGGGAGCCAUUUACACGCAGUAUCUUAAAAUCGAUCGUCCAGGCGACAAGGGCGAAAGGUGCUACUGCUGGUCCGCUUGCUUCCAUGCUUGCAGGCAAGGACGCGAAACCACAAAAAAAUGUCGUGUUCCUCGCGUGGGGCCUGCCGGCCGCGCGAACACUAGCGGAAGCGGGAAUCACUGAGAAAACGCCCAACAUCUUGCUAUUGCGCUCCGCUCAUCCUUCGCCGCUGAGUGCACACCGUGGAUUCAUGGGCAACGGACAUUUCCGCAAGGCGAACGACUGGCUCCAAGAUCCGUCGCGCUUUGGGCCGGGCGGCGGAAUCCAUUGGGACCAAUUGUAG